AGUAGCUACUUGUGAAAUAUCAUAUCACAGGACUAUGGGCACUCUAAAGAACCUCUUCGUCACAAAAGCCAACACAUCCACCAGCGAUAUAGAAAGCCAAACACAUUUAGUACAGCCCAAGAUUGAAUCAUUUCCAUCAGGCUACCCGCGCUUCUCAGCUCUCCUUGGAGCGGACCCCUCCUUCCAAAUCUAUCGUCGAUUCUCAUAUCUCCGCUCGCGAAUCAUACUCCUAAAACAAGAUAGGUUAUCCGUCCUGGAAGAAAGGCUAGAAGCCCUUGAUCGAGAGGAAGAGUCGCCCAUCUUUCUUGGGAGUAGUCGUCGCGACCGAAAUACUGAGCGUCAGGCUGCUCUUUCGGAAAUAAAGGCUGCAUUGUCUGGCUAUGACGAUACAAUAAAGAAAACAUCCGAAAUUCACCAUUUCGAUGCAGCAAAGCCCCGCCAUGUCAAUAGUAUUCGAAACUGGAUUGCUGGAAACGCCUUUAUAGCCAGGCUCGAAACCAAGUUUCUAGAUCACGACGAUGAUCUGCUUACUAUUUCGCCACCAGAAGAUGGAACACUGUCAUCUUUGGAAAAUUGGGUAGAAGAUGCUUUGAUAUAUUUGAAUAGUGACUACUAUAAGAAUCGAUAUACCAGCAAAUCGAGUGAUCCAAACGUAUACAUCCCUUCAGCAUCGGUGCAGACUCACCUCGCACGAGCAAUCUUGGGCCUUUUUGUCAUAAUACUCAUUAUUGUUCCUGUUCUUGUAUGCAAUUCCCUCUCGAGUAUAACGUCGAGGGUCAUUGUUAUUGGUGUGGCAACGAGUGUUUUUAUUGCUAUAAUGUCGGGGAUUUUGAGGGCUAUACAUCCAUCCUGGUAUCGGCUAGCCCCGGAUAGGUAG